AGCGCAGGAGAUUGGAUCCAAAUCCAACAGACCUCCGAUGAUCACAACAGGUUCUUCUCCCUACUUUUGUUCGGAAUAAUCGAGUUGCCCAGACACGUGAAAACGAGUCUCAGAGCGAUAGUGACGUUUGACUGCACGCUCAUACCAUACUAAAUGACUACAUUUUAUUAUUUCCACCGAAAUGUAUAGUAACUUGCGGUGAGGUACUGCAGCUGAUGGAAUCUUACUCAGUCCAAAAUAACAUUUACGUGUCACUAAACGUUUUCUAUCUUUAAUAUGUUUGAAUAAACAGGAACUUGAAACUACUGCACCUUUUUUUUUUUUAAUACAAUUUCUAGCGUAAUCCGCCCUUAAACAGUUGCACAAUAACCUUACAACACGAAGGUUCGGAGAACUGGAGUUAAAGGUACAAUGGCCCUUUGCGUGACAACAAAAACAAGCUCCUUUCGAGGCGCCCGAGGCUCAGCGCAGGCGCUCUGGACUCUGACUGUUACUAAAACAUUUUUCUUCACAUUUGAAACUGUCACAAGUGACGUCAAUCAUCGGGCGCCGACCAAUGACAGCGCUCCUUGAUUGUUCGGCUCCACGGGCUGCGGCGCCCACCAUGAAUCUCUAUUCAGUGUUUCAAAGCGUCCCGCUGCUGCCUCUCAACCGAAUGGGAUUCCACGUAGGCAUCGAGAUAGAAUAAAAACUUUAGUUUUUUUCUUCUUUUUUUUUUUUUAAACAUAUUUCUGUUGCGAUUAGAAUAGAUUUGUCAUCAUCAUUAUUAUUUUGCCUGCUGUCAAGUUACUCUGAAAUUAGGAAUAAUGAGCCUGGAUGCUUUGGGAAGCCCGGUUAUGGACCCUACGUUUUCCAAACGGAACACGGCGCUGAGAUUAGUUGACUUGGCAGGGGCUCACCACCAUCACCAUCAUCACCACCGUACCCCUCAGAGCGUGACAGGCUUCCCGGGGUUCAGCAGCCAUCCCCACUCAAUGGCUCACACGCUCCCCGGGGAGAUUACUGCAGAACCCCGCCUGGGGCCGAGUCCAUUCGGGCCAGAACACAUGGGGCACUCUGCGGCCCUCAAAAUCAGCCCAGCCCAUCAUUAUCCCCACCAUCACCACCACAAUCAUCUUAUGGCAGGCCACAGUGAAGUUGUCUCCAGUCAAACGGGUGCUUUUGGCCCAGUGCAGGCGGCUGCAGUUCCAUUCUCCAUGUCUCACACGGCCCAUGCACUCUCUGCAGGUAGGGAUUUCCUCAUUCGAAGAGAUUUGACAGCUCCAGCCAUGCCGGGGCUCAUCGACCAGUCUUCUGGUGCAUCCUCUCAUCACGGAAUGUUUGUCUCAACAACAGGUAGCUAUCCUGGACACUAUGGGCAUCACCCCGAAGCUGGAAACCAUCCCCUCUUUCCUCGACUUCACCACCACGAUCAGCCGUCUAACGGAGCGCCAGGUGGCCAGGCGCUCAAUGGACAAAUAAGGUUAGGAAUACCUGGAGAAAUGUACGUUAGGUCUGAUCACAUCAGUCAAGUGGCAGGUUCGAGGGCUGAGUCCUUUGGCGCCUCGGCUUUGCACGGCUACGGCGGCAUCAAUCUGAACAUGAAUCUGAGUUCUCACCACGGACCCGGUGCUUUCUUCCGUUACAUGAGGCAGCCGAUCAAGCAGGAGCUCAUCUGCAAGUGGCUGGACCCGGAGGACGCCGCGAAGAAACUUUGCUCGAAAACUUACGGCACGAUGCACGAGCUGGUCACACAUGUGACCGUGGAGCAUGUCGGGGGACCAGAGCAGGGAAACCAUAUCUGCUUUUGGGAAGAGUGUCCUCGAGAAGGGAAACCGUUCAAAGCCAAGUAUAAGCUAGUCAAUCACAUCAGAGUGCAUACGGGAGAGAAGCCCUUUCCCUGUCCGUUCCCCGGCUGCGGCAAAGUGUUCGCAAGAUCCGAGAACCUCAAGAUCCACAAAAGGACGCACACAGGUGAGAAGCCUUUUAAAUGCGAGUUCGACGGCUGCGACAGACGCUUCGCGAACAGCAGCGACCGCAAGAAGCACUCGCACGUGCACACGAGCGACAAACCGUACAACUGUAAAGUGCGAGGCUGCGACAAGUCGUACACGCACCCGAGCUCGCUGAGGAAGCACAUGAAGGUGCACUGCAAGUCUCCUCCGCCGAGUUCGGGCUACGAAUCGUCGACGCCCUCCCUGGUGUCCCCCGCCUCGGACUCGGGUCGGGACUCGGGUCGGGACCCGGGCUCGUCCGCGCACUCCGAUCCGCUCUCCUCGUCCCAAGGUGCCAAUUUAAGCGAGUGGUACGUGUGCCACAGUUCAGGGGCGAGCGGGACGCAGAGCCCCCCGAGCAACUCGUCCUCUCCGGAACCCGAGCGCGGACCGCCGUACAGAACGGCCCAGCCAGGAGGAGAGCGCUUCUGACCGCGCGUGCCCCCGGGAAACGCAAACGGGAGCGUAGUUUUGCAUGACCCACGAGAAGAACGGGACGGAUGACGUGACGGCGGAGUAACGGCAGACUCCUCAGAAUUAAAUGCUGAGAUCAGUGGUCUCGCGCACUGGCCUCGAGAAGUAGUGCAAAAGCACGAUUUUUUAAACGUUCAGAAUGACUCAUUUGAGAUAGGCGAACUAAUGCAAGAGGGACGGUAACGUUAUUUCAUGGAUUUCUUCGUAAGCGUCUUGCUGGCUUCAAUGUUAAAUUAUGUCCUGCUUUCAGUACAGUAUUUCCAUCAUAAUUUAUUUUCAUACCUGACGUGAAAUUUUUUGUAUCGUCGAACCAAAGUAUUGAAUUGACAUGUCUGUAUAUUGGUAAUGUUUCAUGUGUGUAGGUGUUUUUAACCGUUUUUUAAAUACUGCCUUUUUGGUCUUCGGGAGAAUAUUUUUUAUCGUUUGU